GACCAACGUAAGCGCAACCGCUUAGUCAUACGCAGCCACACACCGAACGACAUCCGGAACGCCAGAUUCGAGCAGGAUAUUGUUUCGUACCUGUUUAAGCAGCAAUUUUUGCUCUAUUCCGUUACUACGAGCGUCGAUUUUACCUAUUUCGGAGCUAUAAACUCGAGAUGAAAUUAGAAGGUCAACGAUGGAGCGAGUUACUCCACGUGGUUUCCGAUCGAAGGGUGCGAAUCAGGCAGAAAUAUUAAGAGCCCGUCAGCGGGAUGAUAUGUUUGUUACAAAUUUGCGGGAAAACUUAUCAGAAUUGAUGCACAAACUCGGUGGCAGCAAAUUACUUCUACACAUCGUACAGUCCGAUCUACCAGCCAAAUUCGCCUAUUUCAUUGCUACUACAGCAAUGAACAAUCAGACUAUUGGUGAGGAGUACACUGGCAUUAUUCAAGCUGACCUGAAAGCCUUAAAAGUUCCAUCGCUCGCUGCACGAACGUUAGCCAUACUAUUGGAAUGCUUUGGCGAACAAGUCUUGAUAAGGAUAUUAGACAGACUAUUGGUCUCAAUCAACAAUCCAGGAAACGAAUUAACACCCGAGGCGAAAUCUAUUCUAAAUUUCUCAUUGACGAGACUCAGAACUGCUAUUCCCAUUGUAAUUCUAGCCCAUCGAGGUCUCUUCUAUAUUCUUGGUCGGUAUUACAGCCUCAGCAAAAGAAUCGCUGGUGUUGAUUACAUCAAGGUAUACGGCCGUCGUCCAGCCGAAGGGAUAAGUUGGGGUUUGCGAUUGUUGGGGGUGGCAACGAUCGCUCAAUGUUUAUUGAAGCUCUGGAGCAGCCGACAGUUAUCAGCAUCUGAGGAGGCAAAAACAGUUGAAAUCACGAAAGGGUUGGGCACAAAUUCACGUAGCUGCCAAUUAUGCCUCGAAGUUGUACCAACGACCGCAACACCCUGUGGUCAUCUUUUCUGUUGGCAGUGUAUUUCUGAUUGGCUUGCCGCCAGACCGCAGUGCCCAUUGUGCAGAGAGUAUGCCCAUCCAUCUAGAAUUAUAUAUUUAUUAAAUAUUUGAGAAAUGCGGGCAGAGAAGAAAAAAAAGUGGCAAACACACAUGCGUUAUUUCCAUUCCAAUUUGACAAACCGUUAGAUACAUGUACUAGGUACGGAGAUUGUUUCACAGCAUGAAAAAAGUAAAUGCAUGCCAAAUAAUAACAAUUCCUUCGCUUGUUGAUAAUAAAUACGUUUUGUAUCAUUAUAAGCUUGGCUAUAAUUAUUACACUGAUGAAGGAUCACGCAAUAACCCAUUACAACAACUUAUGGGAAAAAUUUAAAAUUCCAGUUGUGAAAGAGGAGAGAUUGGUAAAAUAAAACACAAACAACCGAUGUCAGAUCUGAUUAAAAUAUAUAAAAAAAAGUUUUUUUUCUCCAAAUUACAUUGUACACAAGAAAUAAAUUAAAAAUCUUCAAUCUUAUUUGAAAUCAGAAUUUAAGUGAAACAUGUUUUUGCCGUUCGUAUGUUCAUUUUUUUAUCAUUACAACGGUUAUACGUGCUAUAUCAUAGUCCAUGUUGCUCGAUUUUUAUCGUAAACUUUUCAAUAUGGAAUAGGUAGUUCGUGUUAAGUAGAUAAAUGUUUUAUUCUAAUUCACGUACUUAGUUUAGUUCAAGGCUUAGUGCCUGCAAUUUUUAACAACGGAAGAAACGAUGAUUCCCUUUA